UGAUGCCACUCCCCCCAGGCAGCUACAUCCCUCUGUCCCUUCCCUCUCUCCCCCUCUCUAUUCUCUACUCUCCGCCCAUCUGAUUUUCCUCCCAUAAACUAGAUGACAUAGUGUAGAGAGCUGCCAGAGAACCUUCUCGCCUGGUGGACUCCCAGCCUUUCUCCCAGCCUCCUCACCAGACUGUCUGUGACCUCCAGAGCAGAAUCUACCCAUCCAUCUAUCCAUUAAUCCAUCCACCCCGCUGGAGCAGCUCAGCUCCACCAGACCCCUGGGCACCGGGACCACUCCUGUCACCUCCACCACCUCCCUCCAUCACCCACCCCACCACUACACUAUCAUCUGCACCACCUCUCUGUCCAUCUGUCCUGCACUAACCUCCGGCCACCACUAGAGUGCACUCUCGCCCCUUCACUCCCUCUCACUGCCCAGCACCGAGCCUCAGCAUGGAGAAGGUGCAGCACACGAUGCGCUCGGCCAUCCGCAGGGCCUCCAUGGUGGUGGACGUGCCCCCCCAGGCCAAGCAGAACUUGCAGGAGCUCUUUGUCAACUUCAGCCUCAUCCUCAUCUGCCUGCUGCUCAUCUACAUCAUCGUGUUGUUGAUACCUCUGUAGCUGAACCAACGACCACCACAGCACAGCGAGGGCUAAGCAGGGGGAUGUAACGAUCCAUCAAACCAUCUCCAUCCCUGGUCUUCCUGAGGACACCUCCAGAAUUACACUCUUAACUGAAGAGCUUUGCCCAGAAUUGAUCACUCUGCCUGGAGCAUUUGCAGCCUCAACCCAGCCUCUCCAUGUCGAGUGAAACCAUGGACCUGGUCAACAACCGCGGUCUCAACUUGAUGCUCAACUUCCUCCUCAUCAUCAUCAUGCUGCUCCUCAUGCUUGUCCUGGUCAAACUCAUGUAACCUCUGACCUCUGACAUACAGUAUGACCUCAUGGCAUAGGUUGAGCAAUUCCAGUCCCCAAGGGCCACAGGGUCUGAUGGGAGUCCCUCUACCUCUGAUUUGGUCACAUAAAUACACCAUGACUUCAGCUAAUUAUUAUUCAACAGUUCACAUCAAAAAUCACUGAAUAAAGGCCAUUGAACCUGUUGGAGUAGAACUAAACAUUGUGAGCUUUUGGAGAGUAGAAAAGAGUUUGGGAUUCCAUGAGAUCGUUACAUGGGAUGGCAAGACUCAAAAUAUGAAUUAACAGGAGGAUGAAACUCCACCCACCGAUGCUAAAGAAAUGAAAUAAAGUUGACAUGGCAUGAUCAAUAGAACGCCCUCCUUUACGCUUAGUUUACCUCCCUCUAGUGGUAGAAUCACCAAACUGCACCCCAUCUACUUCUGGCCAGGGCACUGAACACAGAGAUACAUCCAUACUCUCUGAUCCUCACUGUAGAGUUGUGGUUUAUAUGAGCCAUAGAGAACAAUCAUUUCAAAGCUUUAACGCUCACAGUCACUGACUAUUCAAAGCUAUUAGGACCAAAGCACAUGUUAGAACUGACAACUGAAAUGUAACUGAAAAUGAUUAAAGCCAUAGUCCUUUGCUGUGUGAUAUGAGUUGUUUAUGUAACUGUUGAGUAACUGUUGAGUGAAGCCUAGGGUCCUUCCCUUUGGAGACUCAGAUUGCUCUUCAUCUAGUAGCUGAUCAGUACAACAGAUACCUGACUCAAUAAAAAUGGCUACGUACAGCCUACGCCUGUAAA